CGAAUGUCAAAUCCGCUGUCGCAGAGAGUGAGUCACAGAGCGAGAAAUCUCGAGAUAAAACGCGUAAAAGUGAGUUUUUAGCAAACUCUUUGAUUGUUGUGCUGUGAAAAUACAAAAGUCAUCAAAACGGGGAACGAAAUGUCUGUCUCGGCCAUGGAGAAGCAUCUCUUCAAUUUGAAGUUUGCUGUCAAGGAUCUGGAGCGCAAUGCCAAGAAGUGCGAGAAGGAGGAGAAGCUGGAGAAGGCAAAGACAAAGAAGGCCAUCCAGAAGGGAAACAUGGAAGUUGCUCGGAUUCACGCAGAGAAUGCGAUUCGACAGAAGAAUCAGUCGCUGAACUACUUGCGGAUGAGCGCCCGGGUGGAUGCUGUGGCCAGUCGCGUCCAGUCCGCGCUCACCACCCGGAAAGUCACCAAUUCCAUGGCGGGAGUGGUGAAGGCCAUGGACGCGGCCAUGAAGGGCAUGAAUCUCGAGAAGAUCUCCUCGCUGAUGGACAAGUUCGAGCAGCAGUUCGAGGAUUUGGACGUCCAGAGCUCCUACAUGGAGAACACAAUGUCGCAAACGACCACGACGUCUGUGCCGCAGGGCGACGUGGACUCGCUGAUGCAGCAGGUGGCGGACGAGGCGGGCCUGGAGCUCAACAUGGAGCUGCCCACGGGUCCGCAGGCCUCCACCAUCGGCACGAGCACGCAGGUGUCCCAGGAGCAGGACGAACUCACGCAGCGCCUCGCGAGGCUCCGACAGGCCGAAUAAAGGCCGGCGGGCGGCCAGGGAUGCGACUCACUGCUUCUCACUGUAUUACGAACAUUGUUGGAUUUUAUUUUCUAUCAUAUUAUAUUGCUAAUAGUAAAUA